AUGGUGAAGAAGAGCAAGUUGUUCGCGGCACUCGACGCCCAUAAAGGCAGAGAUUAUGAGAAGGAGCGCCAGAAGAAAUUAGCAAAGGCCGCGGAGAAGAAGAAAAAGGCUAAGAAGGAAGAAUCAAAGGAGGAGAUCGAAGAGGAAAAUGUGAAUGGUGUCGAGAAGCCUGAAACCAACGGCGAAGAAGAACCUAAAGAGAAUGAGGACACGGGUGGAGUUAAGCUCACAGAGGAGGAUCAAGAAGAGAAUCAAAACGAGGAGGAAGAAGAAAGUGAAGGCGAAGAAGAGGAGGAUAUACCACUAUCAGAUCUCUCCGAAGACGAACGCGCAGAUGUCAUUCCUCACCAACGUCUCACCAUCAACAACUCAGCCGCCAUCAACACCUCCAUCAAGCGUAUAUCAUUCAUUACCGCACAAACACCCUUUUCUGAACACAAUUCCUUAGUGUCCACCGAACCUGUGGACGUACCCGAUCCCAACGACGAUCUCACUCGCGAAUUAGCCUUUUACAAAGUCUGCCAGUCAGCUGCUGUUGACGCUCGUCGUUUACUGAAAAAGGAAGGUGUGCCAUUCACCAGACCGACGGAUUAUUUCGCGGAAAUGGUCAAGACAGAUGAGCAUAUGAGCAAGAUUAAGAAGAAGUUGUUUGAUGAGGCGGCUUCAAAGAAAGCGGCGGCGGAUGCGCGACGACAGAGAGACUUGAAGAAGUUUGGUAAACAGGUGCAGGUUGCCAAGUUGCAGCAGCGUCAGAAGGAGAAGAAGGAGACGUUGGAGAAGAUUAACAGUUUGAAGCGGAAACGUAAAACUGAACCAACCGGCCCCACCGAUAAUGACAAUGAUCUCUUCGACGUCGCCAUCGACAACGACAGCACGAACAAAAAAUCCUCCUUCGGAAAACGCGGCGGCAAGGACACAGGCGUCUCAGCAAAACGACAAAAGAAGAACGAAAAAUACGGAUUUGGCGGAAAGAAGAGAUUCGCAAAGUCCGGUGACGCCAUGUCUUCCGCUGAUCUACGUGGGUUUUCGGCUAAGAAGAUGAAAGCUGGUGCUGGUGGUGCGAAGAAGAGGCCUGGCAAGAGUAGGAGAAAUGCUAUGAAGUGA